GUGGGAUGCAGAGCUCGGAGUCACCUUAGCAUCAUGGCUGCUGGUCCUGGAGAUUGCAGGAGGAGACUCUGCUUCUUCUAGGCUCUGUCCAGCCUCACUGUGUGCUGAGGCAGUGCUGCAGUGCUGGAUCAAUGCAGAGCCCGACAGGAGGAGGAUGAUGUCAAGACCCUGAAGGAUAUAUCAGUGAUCAGCUGGAGAUGUCUCUGCACACAUCAGGGUGAGCUUCACUCCAUCUCCUCAGGACAAGGCUGACAAUAGACGUAGCCAUGUUGGAAGAAGCAGCACAGAGGUGGCAUCCCACCCAUGUCCAGGUGACAGUGCUACAGGCCCGAGACCUCCACCCAAAAGGCAAGCAUGGCACUAAUGACACCUACACCAUCAUCCAGCUGGGCAAGGAGAAGUAUUCCACCUCAGUGGUGGAGAAAAGCCUCAGUCCGGUAUGGAAGGAAGAGGCGUCCUUUGAGCUGCCGGGCCUCAUGUCCGAGGACAGUCCCGAUCAGUACCAGCUGCUGCUGACCGUCAUGCACCGCUCUCUGGUGGGCCUCGACAAGUUCCUGGGACAGGUGUCCAUCAACCUCAACAGCAUCUUCGAGAAAAGGGAGCGACAGAAGACAGAGUGGUACAAGUUGGAGUCAAAGCCCGGGAAGAGGAAGAAGGAGCGGGGGGAGCUGAUGGUCAACGUGCAGUUCAUGAGGAAUAACCUGACGGCCAGUAUGUUUGACCUCUCCAUGAAGGAUAAGACCCGCUCUCCAUUUGCACGUCUCAAGGACAAAAUGAAAGGAAGAAAACCAGAUGGAUCGGACACCUCGUCGGCCAUCGUCCCCGGCAGCGUCAGCGAGCGGCACAGCGUCUGCGAGCCCAAGGGUCCCGAAAUCCAGAUGAAGAAUAAGCCCAAGAAGCCGUUCCUCCUGGGAGCUCAGCGCCUGUCCUCGGCUCAUUCCAUGUCGGAUUUAUAUGGUCCUCCGCCCGCUCAGCCGAGCUCAGGAGGACACCCGCCAAAACAUGCUCUGGACUCCAUCAGCUCUGCAGAGGAGAAUGGAAGCCUUAAUUCUCCUCACAGAAGAACCAUGAGUGUUGACACCUCAAGACAUCACCCCCCAGAAAUCCAAGACCAUGUAGUGAGCUGGACUGGUGGGAACAACAAAGACCCAGUUCCUGGCACUUCUCUGCCUCAGAAAUUUGCCACACUGCCCAGACAAUGGGCCCCGGGGGACGAGCGCACAUCCGGGAUCAUCUCCAGAACAGCUGACGGAAAGAAAGAUGGGAAGAAGAAGGAGAAGGUCAGCUUAUUUGAGAGAGUAACUGGCAAGAAGGAAGGGAAGAGGCCUGAGCGGCACAGCCAGGACAUCUCUGACUGGACUCAGGAGAACAGAACCCAAGGAGGUGUAACCCUACCCACCACAAACUAUGAGUCCACCAAUCCCUUCUGGGUGGGAAGUCGCACUCAGGAACAAUGCUCCAGUACGCAGUAUUCAUCAUCUGAUGGCACCGAACCACUGGGCCGGAGGAGCGGAGGGCUGUACGGACCACCGGAGCAGAAUCCAUUUGAGGGUUCGGUCCUCUACAGUCAUCUGACUCGCAUGGAGGUGGAGCGAGAGUUAAUGAAGCACAAGGAGCUACUGAAGAAGAAGGACAGUCAUAUCCGGGAGCUGGAGGACUACAUAGACAACCUGCUGGUGCGGGUGAUGGAGGAGACCCCCAGCAUCCUUCGGGUGCCCUAUGUGCCUUCCAGGAAAGCGGGUAAAUUCCCUCAGAGCUAGUCAACAAAGCCAAGAGAGCAUACAGGAUGCAUGGUGGCCAUGGUCUCCUGGUGGAGGCUGUGACUCACUCCUGUGAAGACUCCAAGUACAACCCAGAAAAGUACAAUAGUAGGAACUGUAAACUGGCUGCCCUGUCCCGUAUGGGGAUGGACCCUGCAGCUUCUGGUGCUAUCCUGUGGGACUGAUUCAUGGAGAGCAUGAUGAGAGUGUUGGAGGCCGAGGCUUGGGUCUGUGGAGUGGUGGUCACAGCGGUGCUCCACCCUGGCCUCAUGGCUCCUGGUGGCCUCCCGAGUACUUGCAGCGGCAGAACUGAUGGAGAAUGUAAUAUUCUAAUUAUUAUAAGGUAUUAAUUACGUGCUCAGUGCAGCUCCAGCCAGGUGUCCUCCCAUAAUGCACCCGCCAUGGCGAGUGGCCUCUAUUAAUACUAGUGUGCCACGCCCGCUCACUCCCAUAAUGCACCUGCCACGGGGUGUGGCCAACAUUAAUACUGGGGUGCCAUGCCCGUUCUCUCCCAUAAUGCACCCGCCACGGGGUGUGGCCUCCAUUAAUACUAGUGUGCCACGCGCACUUACUCCUAUAAUGCACCUGCCACGGGGUGUGGCCACCAUUAAUACUAGUGUGCCAUGCGCACUUACUCCCAUAAUGCACCCGCCACAGGGAGUGGCCUCCAUUAAUACUAGUGUGCCACGCGCACUUACUCCCAUAAUGCACCUGCCACGGGGUGUAGCCACCAUUAAUACUGGGGUGCCAUGCCCGUUCUCUCCCAUAAUGCACCCGCCACAGGGAGUGGCCUCCAUUAAUACUAGUGUGCCACGCGCACUUACUCCCAUAAUGCACCUGCCACGGGGUGUAGCCACCAUUAAUACUGGUGUGCCAUGCCCGCUCCCUCCCAUAAUGAACCUGCCACGGGGUGUGGCCUGCAUUAAUGCUAGUGUGCCACGCCCCUCACUGCCAUAAUGCACUCUUCAGCGCCCCCUUGGAGAGUCUCUUAUACAGUGUCAGUCGGUGGGGUGACCCGUGUACCGACGCCUGUGAUGCCAAACAUGACCUCAUACAGUAUUAAUGUCCGCACCUUCGGAGUAACGGGCAGCAACUAGCGGUUGCCGUUUCCUCAGGAGCCUCUAGGGGGCGGACAUGAGGUGGCUCCGGGUGACAUUUUGGGAUAAACUAUGCAAGAGCUGCAUGUCAUCCAGCGGCGGCGGUGGCCCCUGAUCAGAGCUCGGAAGGAACGUGUGAUGGAAAUCUUCCAGGAAACAAGCCGCUACAAGCCGUGCACGGGAUGACGGCUGCGAUGUAGCAGAGGCGGAGUGCAGGCUCCUCACCAUGCACUGUUAUUACACACACUCUUUCCAGAUCCUCUGGACGAGUCGAGGCUUGUAGAGCGCGGCGCCUCAUAUCCCGUCUGCAGGCUGAUGGAAAUGAGACGCCUCGCAUACUGCUGUCAUCAGAAGGGGGAGGGGUGACCCCAGGUCCCAUCUCCUGGUGCUGGAUCCAUGUUCUGGUUCUGAUCCGGAGAACCAUCUGCAGCGCUCUUACUGCAGAGAACCCUUCCGUCUCCCUCUGGGGGGUCUGCGCUGCUCCUCACGCCUCAUCAGCUGUAAACUGUACGUGAAAUCCAAGGCUUCGCCUCCUCCAGGUUCAUAAAGUCUCCACGAAACCUUGUGUCCUGUCAUUGUGUCAUACACAGACCGCGACCACCAGAACCGGGGCCUCUACAUACCUCCGCAAACACGCUGUGCAGCAGUCAAACCACACACCUGCACGACACAGACACACACCCGUAUACAGGAGCUGUACGGUCAUACACGCGGCCGUAUACAGGAGCUGUACGGUCAUACACGCGGCCGUAU